AUUUCAACAAGGAACUGAAAAUGACGAAGGUUGCGUGGUACCAAUUUCUGCUGCGAAAUAUAUAGAUAUCGCCAGAGAUCUGCAGGAACAUUCCUCAGAUUCAUUCCCACACGCAUUCCAGCAGAUCAAUACUUCCUGUAGUUGGUUUCCAUGCCGAAACGAACAUAUGAGGGCAACGAAAUUCCUGGAAUUUUUGUUCUCAUUUAUUCAUGGUCACACUUGACUGAGAGAAACAACAAAGAGCAUCAAGGAGCAAUCGUUAACCAUGAGUCUCUAUCAGCUUCUAGAUACCCGCCUGCGCUUUUACGAUGACUCCGAAGAGCUUGUCCGGAAGACCGAAAGUUUUGGCUCGACUUUGUUGAUGAGAGCACCAGAAAUCAACCUCGCCAAUGCCCUCUCCUUGCUAACGGUCGACCAACUGAAUAGUAUUACGAUUGAAGUUUACGCCGAUGUGAUCGCCCUUGGAGAUCUAGUAUUACCGCCGUCAUGCAGCUCUGUUUUGCUUGUUGCUCGAGUUAUACAGACAUCGAAUCCCGUGCCCAAAUUCAAGAUCUCGAGACUGCCAUUCCUGCUUCGAGUUUAUACUCUCGCUCGAGGUAUCAAUCUAAUUCUCGAUCUGGAGACAUCGAGAGGGAUCACCAGCAGUCAAAUCGAGUUUCCGAAAGACUCUUGGGGGUCAGGUCUAUCUCUUGCUUUCAACGAGCCAAUCAAGUAUUAUGUCAACCUCGAUCGCCUCGACGGAUUCAGGAGCUUGAGUGUUGUUGAUCAGUUGACUGAUGAUGGUGUUCUUUCCUCUGUCUGGCUGCAGUUGAGAAAUAAUCAUCUGCCAAGACUUCUGCAAUAUCAAAUCCUUCUGGCAUCUUCGAUGACUGCUUCGAACCCGAGCGUAGCUUACGAUAUGGUGUAUUUCGUCCUCGCAGCUACAGCGCAGCAGCCCAAAGGAUUUCUCAUCCGUAGCCAAGCAUUUUCCAUGGCCGCAUACCUGAUCGCGAACACCAACGACCAAACCUCCCGCUACGUCCCCCGCAUCGACCUCAGCACCGCCGAAAUAGUUCUCAACAAGCGGCUCGACGCUGCCCAAGCCUUCGAGACUGCAUUCAUAACCUUCCAAGGCCAACAGGACGUCAGUGCGAACUUCACAUCCAUCGCUUCCACAACACUAGAUAAAGCAAUCGAUGCCCAAGCUCAGUACAAUUUUCUGGCGGACUUAGCGGAGUCGAGAUACAACUCGGCGUUGGCAGCGUUGAAGCGAGCGGAGAAUAAUUUUCAGAGUCUGCAGACAAGUCUUGUUCCGCUGCAGGAGGCGUUCAAGAAGGGGAUUGAGAAGUGGAAGAAGGAGCAGACGUUGAAGGCUGUUGGGGAUGCGCUUUUGGCUGUUGUGGCGGUGGUGGGCUCGAUCGCCGCAGCAGUCGUCGUCCCGCCCGCAGGAGCAGCAGGUCUAGCCGCAGCUGGUGCAGCGGUUCCUGCAGCCAUUUCAGGGGCAUCUUCUCUUGCUGGUACUAUCAAGAAGAUAGCAGAUCUCAUAACCAAGCUGAAAGACCUCUUCACCAAAAUCGGACCCAUCCUUGAUACAGUUUAUAAACUAGUAAAAGGGAUUGAAAAGCUGGUUCAAACCCUUUCAGCAAUCUCGCCUGGAGACGAUGCGGCCAAUUUAUCUCUGCCAGCUUCCAUGGGCGACGACGCCAUCAAUCUUUCCGCAGACUGGGACGCAUUCGACGUCCAAGUCCAAGCAUUAAUGGACCCCUAGCAGAAAACAUCGACGGCGCCUCCGAAUACAAAGUGGCCCUCACAA